AAUAUAGACUGCAGACGCUCAAACUCUCACUUUGACAGGAGCGCACUUGUGUAACUGUUGUGUUGAACGUGAGUAGAAAAGGUUGAUCUCAUUCUAACUAGUGAAUUAUGGAGACUUCCAUGUUUGAUGAAAUGAACAGAGAACUGGAGGAGGCCCAGCGGAAACUGAAACAACUAGAGGAACAAGAAAAUGAGCUUUUGGGAAAAAUCACAGAACAGAAAGAAAACGUUCAAAAGCUGGAAAGAACUUUGCAGAGCCGCUGGGAGAAAUACCUGCUUUCACAGGUGAUGGAGCUGGAAGCAGAGAUUAGAAAGAAGAACAGGGAGCUGAAAAUGCUCAGAAAGAACACAGUGAAAGAACAGAGGAGAGAGGAAGAAGAGAAAACAGAGGAAGAACAGGUGAGAGAGGAAGAACAGAGGAGAAAGGAAGCUGUGGUGAUUUCCAUGUUUGAGGAAAUAAACAGAGAACUGGAGGAGGCCCAGCGGAAACUGAAACAACUUGAGGAACAAGAAAAGGAGCUUUUGGAAAAAAUCACAGAACAGAAAGAAAACGUUCAAAAGCUGGAAAGAACAUUGCAGAGCCGCUGGGAGAAAUAUCUGCUUUCACAGGUGAUGGAGAUGGAAGCAGAGAUUAAAAAGAAGGACAGGGAGCUGAAAAUGCUCAGAAAGAACACAGUGAAAGAACAGAGGAGAGAGGAAGAAGAGAGAGAGAAAGAACAGAAAAGAGAUGAAGAGGCAAGCAGUUCUCAGGACGCAAAGAAAGACGAGACAGAUGGAAAACACAUAGAAAGGUGGGAUGAAGACAUCCGGCAGAAGGAGAACCUGGUGCAGGUACUGAUCACCCUCGAUUCCAAAACACCUAAAGUGACGGUGAAGGAACGUGUCCAGACCAGAGGAAUUAUGGCUGGACUGGAACGUACAGAUGAGCUGCCGGGAGAAGCGGCACAUGAGCAGGACAGAGAGAGUGAAGAAGGUCCGCUUGUAGUGGUCAACAUCAUACCGUCCACAAGGCAGCUGAAUAAAGCUUGCCAGUGCCCGAGCGACAGCAUGCUGACUGAGAAGGAAAAGAAAGAAUGGAGAAAGCUGCUGAAAAGGGCGAAUAAAGAACUGAUAAAGCAGAAGAAGAAGGAGGAGAAAAAGGAAAAGAAGAAAACAACAAAAGAAAAGACCACAGAAAGGAAAAGCUUCUGGAGAAAAUUUCUGUGCUUCUGAAAAAGACAGCAGGAAGACUCAAAUAAAAGAAGCAGAAUGUGUUUUCCAGUUUUAGAAACAUCAUCUUGAUGUUUGUUACAUAAUUAAAUAAUCAGUAACUGUUUACAGAAGAAACAGAGUCUUUAACCAAAUGAAUUGUGUUUUGCAACAGCUAAUACAACAACUACUAA